UCCAAGAAACGCCCUGCUGCUCUAUCCAAAAUAUCUCCAGCGAUAGCCAUAAAAUAUGUCAGGCUUCAGUUUUUGUUGCUGUCUAGUCCGACUGAUCGCACACCAAAGCCAUCUGAAGAAAUCAAACUCCUCGAGGCAGGCUUGGGGAAAAGAACCAUGACAGUGGCUGAUAACUCUUGCCAUGAGGAGAUUGUCUGUCAACUUGAAGAGCAGUACCCCAAGUUGAAGCAGUUGUCCGGAGGCUGGCUAUGUUAUAAAUCAACAGGUGGUCAAGGACAGAGAAAAUUGAUAGUUGUCGCUACAGAGUCUGAGGGCUACACUGGACGACUCCUUAAAACGGUCACAAAUAAUGGCAAACUAAUUCUGUACAUUGUCCCACUACAAGAGGAGCUAGAUGCAAGCCCCCUCCCCCACAAUGCUCCAGAAUUUUCCAAAAUGCCAAAAUCCUCAUGCAAAAACUGUGGAGUUGUUAUGCCUUUACAGUUCCUGGCUCUGCACAUCAAAUCUUGUAAUGCUGAAAUUAGCAGUGAUGAGCCUGAAAUUGUCAGUAUUGAAGAGAAAGAAGUCAAUACUACAGAAGUAUGCCCAAUAUGUGAAAACCAAUUUCCCAGAGAGGAUAUUGCAUACCAUGCCAGCUUUUGUGGAGAUGGAUUUCCAGCAGACACCUUGAUGCCAUUACUUGAAGAUGAUGCCAGAGAGGGGACUUCAAGCACAAUUGAUCUCUUGCCUCAUGGUUCCAGGACUACAGAACAAAGCACCAGUCCCACUGGUGUAGUCAAUGACAUGGCCGGACCAUCAACUAUGCUUGCUGAUCCCACUGUCCCAGAAUGGAAGCGAAUCAUGAAUGCUUCAAGUGCAGCAACACUGUUCAGAAGAGUUAUCUUGAGGGAGCAACAGCUGGAGAUACCUCUUCGCUUCUCGAUGGACCUACAUUCUGAUGUUGAAGAGAGAGAAAAGGCAGUAAUCGCAUUCUACAAGACUCAGAGAACUAAAUGGGCCUCCCCACUUCACUGUGUGCUGGAAGGUGAUGCUGCCAUCGGUGAUGGUGUAAGUCGGUACUUCAUCAGCUUUGCUAUGCAGACCUUGCAGUCUGGAUUCCACAUCAAUUUUGGCAAUGCUGAUGUGACUAGGCUGUUUGAGGGACAGAAGGAUCACCUCAUCCCAUGUGCCUCCCAGCCACUCAUUGAUUCUGACCUUUUUCUGAUGGCAGGUAGAAUGGUGGGACAUUCAUUUAUACAUGGUGGCCCGGGAUUGCCAGGGAUCAGUCCUGCUGUAGUCCAUGUGCUCUUAGGGGGCCAAUUGGAGACAGCGACAUUGGUAUUGGAGGAUUGCCCUGAUAUCGAUCGAAGGAACACAAUCCAGUUGCUGGAUGGCAACAGGGAGCUAUCUGAGGACCAGAAAGCGGCUGUCAAUAGCCUAGCCGACAUGUGGGAAUUGCCACGACUGACUAAUCUGAACAGACAAUAUCUUCAUCAGAGGCUGUUGCAGCAUGCGAUUCUGGGAAGAACCGCUUCUCAGAUCAAACAGAUGAGAAAGGGCUUAAAAGAAACAGGAGUGUGGUCAAUACUGUCAGAAAGAAGAGAUGUGGCUGAAGCUGUCUUUCCGUGUGAAAAAGAAGUUAUCUGCAGCCCCCAGGUCAUGAUUGAUCACAUCAUCUGGCCAACAAGUGAGGUUGUUGAGGACGACGACGAGGAAUUUCCACUUGAGACAAGAGCCAAAAUUGGAAUGUACCUUCGGCAUUUCAUUGAAACGGCACCAGCAACCUCUCGGAUGAACCUACUCAAGUUUUGGACUGGAUGGGAAGUUCUCUCUGGGCAGCUGAAGCUGGAGGUGGUACGUGGGGAGUUCCCAAAAUCCUCGACUUGUUACCAGAGCCUACGCAUCCCUGGCCACUUCUCAACUUAUGAGGAACUUAAACAAGCACUUGAAGCAUCUAUCGGGACAUCCGAUACUGGAUUUGGACUGAUAUAA